AUGAAAAUUGUAUUAGUUUUAUUCUUUGUUAUAACAAUAUAAUCUGAAAGAUUAUUGGUUUCUUACGAUAAUGGAUUUGUUGAUGAUGAUAAUGAUUUUGCUGGUGGAGUAUUUCCUAUAACAGAUUCUAAUUCUGAUGUACUACAUGUAAAUCUAAUUAAGAAUUAUAAUAAAGCUCUUUAAUAUGCAUAAAAACAUUAUGCUGAAAGUUGCAAAUUGAAUGAUUUAUAAUGGGAGAGUUUGGAUGGUUCAAAGAAUUAGAUGGUAUAAGGAAUGUUGUAUUAUGUAAAUGUGUUUAGGAUUAUAGUUCAAUGUAACAAUGAAGGGAAAUGAGAAACAAGAGAAAUAUGAGAUUAAAGUUUGGAUUUAAGUAGAUAGAGAAUAAACUAUUGAAAUUACUUAAUGUAAAAAAUUAUGA